GUUACAUUUUUGUGGCAGAUGCUGGACUUUCCAGCAGCUGUGAUAUGAAAUGGAUUUGAUAUAAAUGUACAGCUCUGAAUGAGGUCAGCUUCACAACAUGAGAAGGCAGGAAAUGUGACUUCAUGCAAGCGACUUUACAGUAAAUAUAUUGGGGUAUAGCAUAGCUGUCACUAUGGCAACGAGCGCUGUUCCCAGUGACAAUCUCCCCACGUAUAAGCUGGUAGUGGUGGGGGAUGGGGGAGUGGGGAAGAGUGCGCUCACCAUUCAGUUCUUUCAGAAGAUCUUUGUCCCUGAUUACGACCCCACCAUCGAGGACUCCUACCUCAAACACACUGAGAUUGAUGCCCAGUGGGCCAUAUUGGACGUUCUGGAUACAGCAGGCCAAGAGGAGUUCAGUGCUAUGAGGGAACAGUACAUGAGGACUGGGGACGGGUUCCUCAUCGUGUUCUCUGUCACAGACAAGGCCAGCUUUGAACAUGUGGACCGCUUCCAUCAACUCAUCCUCAGGGUGAAGGACCGGGAAUCCUUUCCUAUGGUUCUUGUGGCCAACAAAGUGGAUCUGCUGCACUUACGUAAAAUACCCAGUGAUCAGGGGAGGGAGAUGGCUAGUAAACACAGUAUAGCUUACAUUGAAACCAGUGCUAAGGACCCAGCCAUGAAUGUUGACAAGGCGUUCCACGAGUUAGUUAGAGUAAUCAGGCAACAGAUUCCAGAGAGGAGCUUGAAGAAGAAGAGGAAAACCAAGUGGCGAGCCGACAGGUCCACUGUCUCCCACCGACUGCACUGUGUUGUCCUAUGAUGGUUUUUUACUUGUACAGCUGCUCCCUACAGGACAGGGGGAAGAUGAUUACAUUUAGGAGUGUUUACUCUCUACACAUAGUUCCAGGAGGCAGUUUGUACCCUCUAUCCUGGCACAUGAGUUAGGUGGAAGGGUCAGGUCCAGCAGCACAGGAGUUUCCCAGACACGGGAUGUGACUGACUCGCCCUAAAAGGACCAGUGGAAUAAUUUACAGCUCUUCUGGGAAUGUGCACUAACUUACUCAAGUACAUGGUGAUAAAGUGGCAUCAACACUGCCUUUAUCUACCAAUGAAGCUCUUUGACAGAGAAACUGGACAUAUGGGCUCACAAAGAUAAUCUGUAAAUAAUUAGGACAUACUGUAGUAGGGUCACACAAACAUCGUUUUACUAAGAUGUAGGCCUUUAAAACUUGGUCCUUGUUGUUUUUAAAUAGCUUUCUUGUUAUAGUCCCUAUCAUUAAGAUGGAGGCCAUUGAGUAAAGCACUGGAAGGAGGGAGGAAACUGAGAGCUUUCCCCAGUGAGGGGGAGUAUAUUAGAGAGGGGAGUGAGAGGUUGGGGAGAGGAUGUGUCUGUUUGUGUUGGAAUCAGUGGGCCUGUCAGACAAUAGAGAGAAGAAGGGAAAGUGAGGAAAGAGACACAGAGAGAGAAAGAGAGAUUCCAAAUGGAUAGCAUCUGGCAAAGGGACUCCAGACAUUGUGUCAAAGCCUGGGAGGCAGCCAAUGUGUAGCCCCAUAAUUUAUACACGGAGAACGUCUUUAUAAUCUCCAAACAAGACUGUCAUAGAACUGUAUUGUAGCUUAUUGAACACACCAAAUGUCUUAUUUGAAUGUACAUUUAUGAACCGUGAUCAUUUGGACUUAUCAGUGCUCACUGGAUGUAGUUGUGCACUUCUCAAAACGCUUUAAACACACUAUUGUGGUGUGUUUGUGUGUGCGUGCGUGAGUGCCCUGGUUAUGAACAUAUCCUAGACGAUGAAAUCUCAUUUUUACAUGUGAAUAUUAGAUUUCUUUGCUACUAUUUCACUAUUUAUUUUAUAUAAGUAAUUGUGUUAUCAUUAGUACAAGGCUACCCCAGAGAGGCACAAAGCACAGAGCUUAACUAAGAAAUUGAUGGAACAAAAGACGUGUAGGCAAAGUAUAAAUGCGUGUUAAUACAUUUUGUGUUCUAUUAUAUGUGUACACAUCUUGGGUCAACUGGUUUGUCUGGAUAAAACCAUAAUUAUAAUGAAACAGAAGACUGUCUGUCUCUGUCAAUCUCAGUGAAUAUUAGUGAGUUGAUGGUGCCCUCCAGUGGAUAUAAAUGUAACUGCAAGAAUGGAACAACAUUUAGCAUGGUUGUACAUUUGGCCCUUUGUUCUGGGUAAUACACAGUGCAUUCAGAAAAUAUUCACAACCCUUGACUUUUUCCACAUUUUGUUGUGUUACAGUCAGACUUGAAAAAAGCAGACAUUGGGUAUCCCUUUGAGCAGGGUGAAGUUAAUAUUACACUUUGGAUGGUGUAUCAGUACCAAGUCACUACCAGGGCCGGCUCCAGGCAUAAGCGACAUAAGCAAGUCGCUUAUGUGUGGGGUUUUUUGGAACUCAGUCGGGGUCUGAACUUACUGUUGCACGUUAGAAUAGUAGAAUACACAAGGUGCAAGUUAAAAGUGUGGUUGUGCAUCAGCAGGUUUUCCUCUUGUUUUGUCAGUCACUGACAGUCACUCAAUUAGCCAUGUCAGCGAACAAUUUUUAGAUAACUAAGUUUGUCUAAACUUGGGGCAUGUGCCCAGGGGCCCUUUUUUAGGACCUUAUCUUUUUAACCACAGAUCCUAGAAGUGUGCUGUUUUCACAUACAGUGCGUUUGGAAAGUAUUCAGACCCCUUGACUUUUUCCACAUUUUGUUAGGUUAAAGCCUUAUUCUAAAAGUGAUUAAAUAGUUUCCCCCCCGCAUCAAUCUACACACAAUACCACAUAAUGAAUAAGCAAAAACAGGUUUUCACAAUGUUUUGCUAAUUUCUUUAACAUAAGAAAACGGAAAAAUUAUAUUUACAUAAGUAUUCAGACCCUUUGGCAGUGAUUACAACUUUGAGUCUUCUUGGGUAUGAUACUACAAGCUUGGCACACCUGUAUUUGGGGAGUUUCUCCCAUUCUUCUCUGCAGAUCCUCUCAAGCUCUGUCAGGUUGGAUGGGGAGCAUGGCUGCACAGCUAUUUUAAGGUCUCUCCAGAUCGGGUUCAUGUCCGGGCUCUGGCUGGGCCACUCAAGGACACCUGUCCCAAAGCCACUUAGGGUUGUUGUCCUGUUGGAAGGCGAACCUUCACCCCAGUCUGAGGUCCUGAGCGCUCUGGAGCAGAUUUUCAUCAAGGGUCUCUCUGUACUUUGCUCCAUUCAUCUUUGCCUCGACCCUGACUAGUCUCCCAGUCUCUGCCGCUGAAAUACAUCCCCACAGCAUGAUGUUGCCACCACCAUGUUUCACCAUAGGGAUGGUGUAAAUAAGGCAUUUCUGUUUUUUAUUUGUAAUACAUUUUUGCUUUGUCAUUAUGGGGUAUUGUGUGUAGAGUCAAGGGGUCUAAAUACUUUCCGAAGGCACUGUAUGUCAAAUCAAAUCAAAUGUUAUUUGUCACAUACACAUGGUUAGCAGAUGUUAAUGCGAGUGUAGCGAAAUGCUUGUGCUUCUAGUUCCGACAAUGCAGUAAUAACCAACAGACACUGUGAUGAAGAUGAUGAAUACAAGGUUGAAAAGUGGCAGAAUAUCCAUUUCAAACACUCCACCCCAUGGCAAAAUGGGUAGAAUUGAAGAAAAUGUGAUUUAGAACCACUAAACCCCUCUCUGCCAAAUGGCAAAAUGAGCAGAAUUGCAUGAAAUGUGUUAUAAAAUUGCUACAUUUUCUCUCCACCCCAUGGCAAAAUGUGUAGAACUACAGAAAACUUGCUUGAAAAUGGCAACAUUUUCUGUACGCUUCAUGGCAAAAUGGGUAGAAUUACAAAUGAACUUUAAAACGUACAUUUUUUCUCUCUCUGCCGUCAAGAGGGGGUCUACUAAAACAUCUUGCCCUCUUGGUGACGGGGCCCCUCAACCAAAUCUCACUUAGGGCCCCGUAAGCCUAGAUCCAGCCCUGGCCACUACAAAGACGUGUCCUUUUUAACUCGAUACUAACCGAAAUGACAGUGAAAAGAAGGAAGCCUGUACAGAAUAAAAAAUAUUCCAUAACAUGCAUCCUGUUUGCAAUAAGGCACUAAAUUAAACCUGCAAAAAAAUGUGGCAAAGAAGUUAACUUUAUGUCCUGAAUACAAAGUGUUACUGUAUGUUUGGGGGAAACACAACACAACACUGAGUAUCACUCUUCAUAUUUUUAAGCAUGGUGGUGGCUGCAUCAUGUUAUAGGUAUGUUUGUCUUCGGCAAGGACUAGGGAGUUUUUAAGAGUAAAAAUAAACAUAAUAGAGCUAAGUACAGGCAAAAUCCUAGAGGAAAACCUGGUUGAGUGCUUUCCAACAGACCCUGGGGAGACAAGUUCACCUUUCAGCAGGACAAUAACCUAAAACACAAGGCCAAAUAUACACUGGAGUUGCUUACCAAGACGGCAUUGAAUGUUCCUGAGUGGCCUAGUUACAGAUGUAUCUUAAAUCCGCUUGACAAUCUAUGGCAAGACUUGAAAAUGGCUGUCUAGCAAUGAUCAACAACCAAUUUGACAGAGCUUGAAGAGUUUUUUAAAGAAUAAUGUGCACAUAUUGUACAAUCCAGGUGUGCAAAGCUCUUAGAGACCCAGAAAGACUCACAGCUGUAAUCGCUGCCAACAGGGAUUCUAACUUGUAUUGAAUCAGGGCUGUGAAUAUUUUAUGUCAAUUUGAUAUUUCUGUAUUUCAUUUUCAAUAAAUGUGCAGAAAUGUCUGAAAA